AGAAGAUCGAACAAUCAGACCAGUGCGGAAGAGAGGUUGACAGUGGCGUUGUAUAGGCUGCCCAGUAAAUGGGAGGGUUAUAUCAGUGGUCAGAGGUCGAAGGUGAUGACCUUAACCCUACAGACCAGUCCCAAGAUCUUGAUGAGCAUGUCGAACAGCAAGUCAGCUCUGUAAAAGGUCAUGGUGAGACUAAUAGACUGGAAGAGGCUGCCCCAGAAUCAGCUGGGCCAUCAUAUUCACAGCAGGCUGAUCAGAACUUAGCCAGCCUAUCUAGUGCCCAGAACACACCGCAGACCUCUACGCACAACCUGUCCUUGUUGGCCCAAAGAAGGCCCUCUUGCUUAGGCACGACGAGCACUAACACGCAGUGGAGCUUUCUGACUGAGAGUGUGCGUGGCAUGUUGUCAGCAGCGGUGGUCAAUGCCCCUGACCACAGCACGGGAGGGGAUUUGCCCAGGACACCAUCACUAUCCAGUUCCUCCUCCUGGUUUUCCAUCGGUAGCGAUGUAAUGGAACCAGCAUCCACCAGCAGCAGUGGCUCAUUCGUCUUUGAGAAUGAUCAUGUACCCGAUGGUGACUACAGAUGGACCCCAACACCCUCCCCCUCCCUCUCAUCGGAGGAGGAAGAUGAUGACAACCCAAGAGGACAUCCCAUCGUCCCUGAGAAUGGGGAUGGAGUCGAUUGGAAUAGACCCCUAUUAGAUCGCUGGCUGUCUGUAUUCGGACUUUCUCAGAUCUACAUCUUCAGUCAGGUACACAGAGAUGCCCGCAGGUGUCUGAGUGAACUCAUCAUACCCUCCUUCCAGAGAAAGAACAAUGAGAUGAGGACAAAUUCUCUGUCUGCGGACACCAGGCUGAUCAUGGCCAUUGUGGAGGUCAUCGUCCAGCAGAUAGAAUGCAGACUAACUCAGCUCGCGCUAAACGGAGAUGCUAGUUGGGGGCCUGAGGCUCUUUUAAUAACCAGCAGGCAGUUUGCUGAACAGCUGCUGGGAAGUGUAACAGCCACAUUGAAUGGUCACUGUCAAAGAUAUAUGGCGAUUAAUCGGUUGUCUGGAAAGACUGUUAUAAAUGUCAAGAGCAGUCUUGACCCAGCGCUUGGACCACUUGCAUGUCUGGUAAUCCUCGAAACCAUCACCAGCAUCCAGUGGGUUCUUAACGAGUAUCAGGCUAAUUAUGAGGCAGCAUCGAAUUCCAAUUAUAUGUACUUUUUGGCAGCAGUAGUGGCCGAAGUGGAGAGUAUGUUGUUCCAGAGACCAGGGCCGCAUACGUCACCCAGACAGUCAAACAGCGACCUGCUUGACCAGGCCCGGGCGAAUAUCACCAGGAAUGUCAAGAUGAAAUUAGCAGAGAUGACCCAGCUACGAUCCCAACAAAACACAUCAAUGUCUAGUGACUUGGUAGAUUUGCUGAACAACGACACCCAGGACAAGCAUGAAUAUCUAGACUACCAGAGCCCGAGCUGCAGUACUGGGAUUGAAGACCUAGACAUUGAUGUCAUGGCCAGGGAGAUGGUCCAGAAAGCUACAAACAAACUUAAGGAAUCCAUGUCAGAAUUUGACCUGGAGGGGGAAUCCACUACCAGUCAGGUCAGCAGUGGAACUUUUAAUUAUUCAAAUCUGUCUCACUCCAACUCUGACCUGGGGAUACUGUGUGUUCAGUCGACAGAGGCUGUCAGAACCGUACAGCAGAUUGCUAAGACAGAGCUUGAUAGUCACUCGGAUGAGUCCUUCGAUGCAAGCCAGACAACUAUGAACCAUCUCGCAUGUCUAGCAGCAGGAGUUGAGAGCACUGAUAAUCUGGAAAUUGGUGAGUUGCUCCAUGUCACUCCAAGGAACAUUGCCGAAGAGUCAACACAUAUUCUCAAAUCCCUUUUACUGGACUUGAACAAAGCAGUUGAGGAAAACAGGACUGAGGGGAACCGGUUCUUGGAGCAGGCUAAGUCAUCCUUGCAAACAUUGUACAGAACAGCUGUGGACCAGCUGAGCAAAAUAUUCACAGGGGGAAACCACACCGACGAACAAGACCAGCAGGAAGUGCCUACCAACAAUGACCCAACACUGGCAGUCAGCCAGGAGUCAGUCAGAUGCAAAGCCAAGCAGAUUCUCAGCAAUGUUCUGAAUGUGAUCGAGGCCGGUGUGACUGUCUCCGAACACUCAUCUGUGGAUGAGCAGCUGAUCAAUGAGUGCCAGGUUGCCACUGAGAUUUUGGACUCCAUACUGAACAAACUAAGAGAUGAUGAGUUUAACAAAGAGGACCGUGUUCAUGAGUUGUCAGUCAGUGAUACAUGCCAGGAUGUCUCACCUAAAACCACUCAGGUUUACAUGGUGGUGAGUUCCCAGGAUAUGUUAAAGGAUGAUGUCUCUACCGUGACCUCUGUGGAUGAUACUGUGCCCAGGCCAGAGAGUCUCUUGCAGGGCAUGGGUACCCACAGGUCAUACACCAGUCAGGGCUCCCGUGACCUUGACAAAGAGCUAAUGUCUAAGCUCCGUGUCAACCGCCCUGACACCACAUUGCCCAUAAGGUGCAGUCUGACAGCUAGUGCCGACGAUGAGACCUGCCAUAUCUCUUCCAGAAGGAAGAAAAAGAGCCAAGGCUGGAGUUUUGGCUGCUGCCUGAGGCUUCCAACAGUCAGGACCAAGGUGUUCAAGAAUAGAGUGGAACCAGAGGUCCUACCCGUUCUGAAUGAGCUGCCUUCGCAGCCUUUCGGCUUAGCUCAAGUUGCGCUUGAUCAUGACCACGGCAUCCCAUUCUGUCCCAAACCUGAGGAAGACCUGCCAACAGAACCUGCACAGAAGUCCCAGAAACGUCCCCUGUUGGUCAGGGCAUUCCGGGCCAUCUGCAAAGCCAUGUCCAAACCAUUCAGGGGCUGUGCUUUUAGGAAGAACUAUUAGAAAGUGUUUGCCGUCUACAUCUAAUAAGCAUUUUCACUCUCACAUUGUCUAUUCUGCAUUACCAUGCAGAGAUCUUUUGAACAUGAUUGAUUAGCUACAUUUUUAUACUUUCCACACCUUUGAUGGUUUGGUUAUAAUCAUUCAUGUAAAGUUCUAGUAUUAAUUACAUAAUUUCAACAUUUGCCAAAAUGGAGGGGACCAUGGCAAUUCAUCAUAAGCAGAAUAAUGUAAAAAUACAGGAAUGUUCCCAUUCCUAAUUAGGUUAAAAUAUUUCAGUAUCCAUAAUUCCAUAAUAUUUUGUAUUUUUUACAUUUUUUUUAUAUUUUGUAUAAUUUAUAUCGGUCUUGUCUGUCAUGUCUUGUCAUUCAUGUCAUACUCUAAACAUGUACACAAUGAUGCAAUCUUGAUAAAAACAGAAAUAAAUAAAGAUUGAUCAUAUUAGAGUGUAACACAUUCCAUCAAUGACAACAACAAAAAAAUGCAUCUGGACAUAGUGUUACAAUCUUUUGCACUAGAGGGUGGCCGUGUCUAUCUAUGCCAUACAGUUUCUAAAGUGGAGUUCCAGCAAAAUGG